AUGUUCCCACAGGUGCCCCUUUUUCCAAUGAAUCUUUCUGCGGUGUGCUCGGUUUACUAUUCUUUCGUACUUUCUUCUCCAAACCCUAGCCCGAUCAAGCUCCUCCACUUCUCCUUCAACCAGGACCACGCCUGCUUCGCCUCUGGCACCGAUCGCGGCUUCCGAAUAUACAACUGCGAUCCCUUCCGCGAGAUCUUCCGCCGUGAUUUCGGCGCCGGAGUUGGCGCCGUCGAGAUGCUCUUCCGUUGCAAUAUACUUGCGCUGGUCGGCGGAGGCCACUCGCCGCAGUAUCCCUUGAAUAAGGUCAUGAUUUGGGACGACCAUCAGAGCAGGUGCAUCGGUGAGCUCUCCUUCAGGUCUGAAGUGCGCGGGGUUCGGCUUCGGCGGGAUCGGAUUAUUGUUGUUCUCGAGCAGAAGAUUUUUGUCUACAAUUUCGCGGAUUUGAAGCUGCUGCAUCAGAUUGAGACUAUUGCCAACCCCAAGGGGCUCUGUGCGGUGUCUCAGGUUGCGGGAUCGUUUGUGCUGGUUUGCCCUGGCCUGCAGAAGGGGCAGGUUAGGGUGGAACAUUACGCUUCAAAGAGGACUAAAUUCAUCAUGGCUCAUGAUUCCAGAAUUGCCUGCAUUACGCUCUCGCAAGACGGCAAUAUGCUCGCAACUGCUAGCACUAAGGGGACGCUCGUUAGGAUAUAUAAUACACACCAUGGGACUCUGCUGCAGGAGGUCCGAAGGGGUGCAGAUAGGGCAGAGAUAUAUAGCAUGGCAUUCUCAUCCACAGCUCAGUGGUUGGCAGUGUCAAGUGAUAAGGGCACUGUUCAUGUUUUCAGCCUUAAGGUUAAUUCUGGGAAUGUCGGAAGCGAGAGGUCAAAUAGCCCUCCUGAUAACCCUUCUGCUGUGAUGCCAGGUUCUUCAUUGUCUUUCAUUAAAGGAGUCCUUCCGAAAUAUUUCAGCUCAGAAUGGUCGGUGGCUCAGUUUCGUUUACCUGAAGGAUAUCAAUAUAUUGUUGCUUUUGGUCACCAGAAGAAUACAGUGGUAAUUCUUGGCUUGGAUGGAAGCUUCUACCGGUGCAAAUUCGAGCCAGGGAAUGGUGGGGAGAUGACACAGUUGGAGUAUCACAAUUUCCUGAAGCCAGAAGAAGCAUUUUAGCAUGACCUCCCUGCCUCUGCUGCUAAUGUUUUUCCCGCUGCUAAUUUGUGGGUUCACGAUGAAGUUGUAAAUAUCCACCCGUAAAUGAAACCAACAGAGUGAAACUGCUUAAUUUAUAACCAGUUUAGUAUUGUAAAAAAAUGGAAAUAACAACAAUAUCUGCUUCUACAUUCAAUUGUUUUAUUAUGUCAUCUGCUGACUACUGUAUACGGAGUAAUAUUAUUAUUCAUAAUGGAGCAUGAAAUAUUAUUAUGUCA